GUUGCCAUGGCGGCGGCGGCGGCGGUAGUUGGAACCUGGGCCUUUUCGCUGGCGGUGGUGGAUACGGCCCGGCUGCUGUUGGCAACCGGCAGCGGGGCCUCGGCCACCGUCCAGGAGGCCAUGGCAGAACUAGAAAAUGACAAGGAGACUGGCUGCUUUAUUGUAGGCCGUGGGGGCUUCCCAAACAAAGCUGGAGUUGUUCAGUGUGAUGCUGCGAUCAUGGAAGGACUGCCGGGGCGUUUUGGAGCUGUCGCAGCCCUACCUGGCGUUGGUAUCCCACUGACAGUGGCUCGUAUGGUGAUGGAUAAGAGUGAUCACACAAUGCUUGUUGGAGAAGGAGCUGUUGCUUUUGCCAAAGAGCAGGGAUUCCGUAUUGAAGACAACAGUGACAUGAUGACUGAGGCAAGCUUGGCUGCCUAUGAGGAAUUUUUGAAAAGUCGCAAGAGCCCUUCCAAAAAUCAUGACACUUUAGGUCUGAUUGUCUUGGAUCAGGAGGGGAAUAUAACUGUAGGUGUAUCAACAUCUGGAGCUCCAUUCAAAGACCCUGGGCGAGUUGGUGAUUCACCUUUGCCUGGAUGUGGCCUGUAUGCAGACAAUCGGGCAGGAGCCGCUGCAGGAGCCACUGGUGAUGGAGAUAAAAUCAUGUGCUUCUGCCCAAGUUUCCACGUUGUUCAACUCAUGAAACAGGGCCUUUCUCCGACAGAUGCUUGUCAAUCUGUAAUUCAGGAUAUUUGUAACAGAGUAGGAAAGAAAGACAUCUUUGAAAUUGGGCUCAUUGCGUUGAAUAUGAAGGGUGAAGUUGGUGCUGCUUCAACUGUCCCUUUUCCGUAUACAUUCUGGGCUCAUGGAAUGGAAACAGUGGAACAAAGACAGAGCUGCCCUCAUGUACAGUUAGAUUAGCAAACAUCAGUGCAAUUCUGAAAAAGCUGAUACUUCUUCCAAAACCUUGUGAAAAAAACACUGCAAUCUGUCAUGUCACAGCUCUAUCCUAUCAGGUUUGAUGCAGGUUCAAAAGCAAGCUGUUGGAACUGUCAGGUCAGUUUGGAGUGGAAAGUACUAGACGUGACAAUGCUCAGAUAUAUGCUGUUUGUUCACUUCUAGAUCUUUCUUUAAAUCUGAAAGCUAGUGGCAAAGCCAGCUUUAUUGCCCAUAGCCUCAAGGUUCCCAAAGGAUAUGAUGCCAGGCUUUUGUCUUUAAUCUGCUCAGCCCUUCUUUUGUUCAGUGACAAAACUGAAGAAUUUUCCUAUUCUGUUUUAGAACCUGCUGAUCUUUUAAUUGUAUUGACAACCAGUCUAUAUUAACUGCUGCGAUGCCUGAAAUGAAAGCCCCCAUUCUGAAUCAUAAGAAUGGAGGAAGAUGAAGUACUGUAUAUACCCUACAAUUCCCUGACCCUGCUCAGCUAUUCCAUAAGAGUGUGUUUGAUCUUGUACUUCAAAGUGACUUUUUUAGUCUUGUUUGUGUUUUCCUUGAUUGCCUUUGUGUCCAAAAAUAUUGUUAUUUUGUCUUGAAUAUAGCAAUCAACUGAGCAGUUACCACUGUCAGUGCUGGAGUAUUCCAAAGGUUCUCAACUCUCUGAAGAAAUUUCUCAUCCCUGUCCAAACUGAUCAUUAUUCAAGACUUUGACAUCUGCUUAGAGAUCUCCAAGCCUGGCGCAAUAUACUCACCUUCAACUCUUCCCAGCCUUCCCCAGUCACUGCAUCGCAUUGAGCAACUCCAGCUUUAUUUAUGAAUGAAUCAGAACACAGUGUGAUGAGAGAUGCUUGAAGAGACUUGAAACUGAAUAUAUCAUGUACUGUCUUAUGAUUGCGUCAUCACUUUGCCGAAUGAGUGGGAUGGUUUUGGCUGAGAAUGGAGUCUUGCCGACACAGCAAGUCACUCAUGAUCAAAUGAAGGACUGAGGAAGUGAAAUUUAUUUCUUGUGGUAGAAAGCUGUGACACUGGAGUAUCAAUUCACACUGUCACUAAGACAUCACACAUGUCUUUUAUGAAGAUGUGUUAUUGAAAGUAUUAAUUUAUGAUGUCGUGUGGAUGAAUUGAGAUAUACACACAGAACUGGCUGGAUAUAUUUACAUAGGUAACAGCCUCAACAGCAUCUUUUUUCAGUAAUGCUCAAGUCUGUACUACUGAGCAACUACUCUGAUAUAGAUUUUCAAAAGAAUACUUUUCAAAGCUAAGGCUGUUAACUAAGCCAAACCACAAGCCCCAAUCUUCUAUAACAGAAUUAGAGGUUCCCUUCUAAUAAUUACCCCAAAACAUCCAGAAAAGCUUGCCUUUCCCCUCCUAAUCCAUUAAAAGAUUGGUUAAAGGAAAGAAAAUCCCUGAUCCAUUUUAUAAAUAACAAGAAACAACUUAUUUAUUUAACACUAACAAUGAACAAAUUAACAGAAUUACUAACAAACCAAACAAUUCCCUCUCAAACUACUAACUAUUCCCUAACUGCACUAAAUUCUACUGGAAUGCUGUUCAAAUAAACACAAGUCUCACUUAUAUAAACCCAAAUAAUCAGACGACAAUAAACUAAAACUUAAUCUCUCCAAAUUCAUACUGACUGUGUCUUCUGAAACUCUCUACCUUCUGCUGAUGUCACGCCCCAAAUGCCUUUCUUUCACUGAUUCUCCUGUCAGGGAUGUUUCCUCUGUGAAGACUCUUAGCUAAAAUGCUGUGGUACCUUUUAUUGAUUAGAUGGUGCUCUUUCUUAGCGAGCUUAGCGAUUUCUUAUGAGAGCUCGGAGCUUAUCUUUCAGAUGGCAGGCUUGCUUUCUCCGAUUUUCCAAAUGCCCUUGUCUUGUGGACCCUUAAUAACAUAUUAUAAGGAGUUGAUUAUGAUUGAUUUCAGGUGGUCAACACGAUCAGAUUUAAAUCCAGUUGGCUUUCUGUAUCUCGGUGCUUUGUUGAAAUUAAUUGGCCAAAUUCAAACUUGGUGUCUUGGUAAAAAUGUUGCUUGGCUGUUCUAUACAAAAUGUUUCCAUUCGGGCACACUGUGCACCUGCAUUUAUAAACUUCCAAGUACAGACAAAGCAGAAGCUCUUAAAGGGAUCACGGCACUCUUUUUCCCCACAAUCCUCUUUACCAACAAAUUAUAACUUCCUGCCUUUCAAUUCAUGAAUACUCUACUCAACUUCAUAAUAAGCCAAAAAUGUUAGACUUGUGGCGAAUGCAAGCUGCAUAAUAGAGUCACUCAGUCAACAAAGCUUUCAGAGGUGACUGAACCAAAGAGACAGUCAAAGAGAAACUGCCAUAGAGGGAACAGCUUGCUCCUCUCUUUUUUUUGUAUUUUCUGAAGACCUUAGAGUCAAAGUCAUGCAGCAUGGAAACAGACCCUUCAGUCCAAAUCCUCCAUGACAACCAGCCAUCCCAAUCUGACCCAGUGCCAUGUGCCAGCAUUUGGCCCUUAUCCCUCUAAACCCUUCCUAUUCAUAUACCCAUCCAGAUGCCUUUUAAAUGUUGUAAUUGUACCAGCCCCCACCACCUUCUGUGGCAGCUCAUGCCAUAUACACGCACCACCAUCUGUGUGAAGAAGUUGCCCCUUAGGUUCCUUUUAAAUCUUUCUCCUCGAACCUUAAACCUAUGCCCUCUAGUUUUGGACUUGCCCCUCUUUAGGAAAAAGACCUUGGUUAGUCACCCUAUCCGUGCCCCUCAUGGUUUUAUAAUCCUCUAUAAGAUCGCCCGUCAGCAUCUGAUGUUCUAGGGAAAAAAACCCAACUUGUUUAGCCUCUCCCUAUAACGCAAACCGUUCAACUCUGGCAACAUCCUUGUAAAUCUUUUCUGCACUCUCUUUCAAGUUUAACAACAUCUUUCCUAUAGCAGGAAAACCAGAAUUGCGCAGUAUUCUAAAAGAGGCCUCACCAAUGUCCUGUACGGCCACAACAUGACCUCCAACUUCUAUACUCAAUACACUGACCAAGAAGGACCUUUCUCACUAUCCUGUCUACCUGUGACUCCACUUUGAAGGAACUUUGCACCUGCACCUCUAGGUCUCUUUGUUCAGCAACACUCCCCAGGGCCUUACCAUUAAGUGUGUAAGUCCUGCCCUGGCUUGCCUUACCAAAAUGCAACACCUCACAUUUAUCUGAAACUCCAUCUGCCACUCCUCACCCAUUGGCCCAUCUGAUCAAGGCCCUGUUCUGAGAUAAUCAUCUUCACUGUCCAGUAUGCCACUGACUUAAGAUCUUAUACUCUACAAAUUUCUGGGGUAUCUUUUGCAUACAUGAGGAGGCAGCGAGGGGAAUUGCGUUUUUGUUUUAUUUUGUACUACUGAACUGUUGGAUAUAUUUGUACCUUUUAAACCUUUAGUUAAUUUCUGCUGCUUUUCUUGGGUGAAUAUUGCAAAUAAAACUGUCUUCUUGUUA